CCUGCCUUUCAGACAGGCUGUUUUUGCUGCAUUGAACGGUAGCAGUGGAGAGAGGGAAAACGCAAGAAAAACAAGAAGCCGAAGAAGGAAGAUAAAAAAAGUCAAUAUAGACAUAUCCAGAGAGACCUCAGAUCCAGCGCCAGCUAUCCUGCAUCACAAGGACCACUUCCAGACCAGAACCAACGGCGACAAAUAGUGCCGGACCCGGACUCCAGAGGCGUAUAUCGGUAACACUCUGGUAACACUCCGGUGCUCCUCUGCCUACCCUCGUGAGGAUUCAUUGAGACGAACAAACGGAUCUGUGUGUCCAACCGACCAUGGCAUUCCCUUCUUACCCGGUCCCUGGUCUAUGGACUCUGAGCUUAUUGACACUACUGGCAGCCUCUGUUCAAAGCAACUCCAUCGUUUUUGACGAUGACCCCAUGCAGCCGGUGACCCAGGACGAGACGGUGUCGGUGGGCGGCACGGUGACCCUGACCUGCCGGGUGACAGAGAGCGACAACUCCUCCCUGCAGUGGUCCAACACGGCCCAGCAGACUCUGUACUUUGGAGAGAAGAGAGCUCUGAGAGAUAACCGUAUCCAGCUCCACCAGUCAACAGGCACAGAGCUGUCCAUCACCAUUGGAGACAUCCAGCUGUCAGACGAGGGGGAGUACACCUGCUCCAUCUUCACCAUGCCCGUCCGCACUGCCCGUGCCACCGUCACUGUGCUAGGUGUCCCUGGUAAGCCUCAGAUCUCUGGCUAUGAGGACGCUGUACAGGAAGGGGGCAAAGUCACCCUCACCUGCACCAGCUCCGGGAGCAAGCCUCCCGCCAAACUACACUGGUACAGGGACCAGAAGGAACUCACAGGUCGCCCUGAUGUGGUGGAGUCUAACCCUGGUGAGCCGACCUACACAGUGAUCAGUGAGCUGACUCUGACUGUGGGCCGAAGCGAUGAUAAUGCUCUGAUUGCCUGUGCUGUAGACCACCCUUCUCUGGCCCAUGGGGACAAAGGGAGCGAGCAACGCAUUAGAGUCCUGUUCACCCCAGAUGUAACUAUCCAGCCUGAGAGUGAUCUGCCCAGAGAGGGAGGAAAGUUCCACCUGCAGUGCAUUGCCAACGGAAACCCCGAGCCUAUCUCGUACGUGUGGCAGAAGAAGGAUGGAGAGCUCCCCCCGCUGGCCAAGGUGGAUGGUAGUGUCCUGCGCUUUGAGAUGCUCAACAAAUCAGACAACGGCAUGUACCUUUGUCAGGCCGACAAUGGGAUCGGGAAGGUGCAGGGACAGUACACACUGUUGGUGCAAGAUGGUCCAGACAACAUUGCAGACCCCACUGCCAUGUCGACCUCUUCAGGAGUGGACCAUGCUGUGAUUGGAGGAGUGGUGGCGGUCAUAGUCUUUAUCCUGCUCUGUCUGCUCAUCGUCUUGGGCAGAUACCUCAUCAGACACAAAGGGACAUAUCUUACCCAUGAGGCCAAGGGCUCCGAUGACGCUCCCGACGCCGACACGGCUAUCAUCAACGCCGAGGGCGGCCAUUCCGGAGCAGAGGACAAGAAAGAGUACUUCAUCUAGGGAGGGGUCGGGAGGGGGGAGAGGAACGCCUCCAUUUGUCUUCACAAGCUUCAGUUCUUCACAGCAGCCAGAGGGGGAGGCGUAGGGGACAGACAGACAGGGAAAUGGUGAAAUAUAAGAUUCGCAAGUACUGAGACUGACAGGAAAAACAGAAAAGCUUCACCUGGUAGACCUGCAUUGAAAACAGUGCGAUUAUUUGCACUUAUAUACAUGACUUCCUCAUGUCCACUGACACACACACACACACACACACACACACACACACACACACACACACACACACACACACACACACACACACACACACACACACACACACACACACACACACACACUACGUGUUACGUGUCACUGACGCACUGUUACGAGAUAAACAUCCUGUUCAUGCUCACAUGAACAUACAAACAGGCUCAUGUACAUGUAACAGGAUCAUAGUAAUGCAAAGUAAUGUUUGAUUUCUUGAUUUAAGAGGAAAAAAACACAUUUUUUAUACAUGCAUAUUACAGUACAUAUACAUGUUUCAUUAACAUUCUACUGUCAGUGACACAAAUGCAAAAUUGUACUCCACAUAUUAUUGCAAAAAUGUUAUUCACAUUCCAGCAUGUUAUGCUGAAAUACAGUUUCUGAACCCCAAACACUGUCCCCCACCCAUUUAUCCAUACCAUUCCUCCCACUCAUCUGUCUUUCAUUUUCACUAUUUUCUUCUCUCUAUUCUAUCACUCCCCACAUAGACUACUACAGACCAGGACAGACUCUGUCUAAAAUCAAUCAACAACAACUGCUGUACAUAACCUCUCUCUCUUUCCCGUCUUUCUCUGUCACACACACACACAAACAAACAAACAAACAGACAAAUACAACCUCUAUUCCCUACAUAGUGCACUACUUUUGACCAGGGUCCAUUGUCACAUGAAGACAACAGAAUCGAAACACAUGACAAUACAAUGCAACAGGGGUUCUCGAAGUAUAAAUAUUACUAACAACAACAGAUGAAACUCACUUUGGCCAAGGGAUCUGUGGAAUAAGUUUAGAGGGUGUAAUACAGUACAUGUAAUAAUAUGGACGCCCCCAAAUGUUUAUUUUGUAUGUUUACAUAAAUGCACUGUAAUUUAAGCUGUAAAACUGCUAGAUUCUCAAGUCAACGUUUGAGGAAUUGCAGGACAUUGCGUUUAAAGCUGCAACAACAAAGAUCUCUCUGCCCCAUGAUGAAAUGUGUAGAAUUGCAAGAAAUUAGCUUGAAAACUUCUAUGUUUUCUCUCCGAUGCCAAGAGGUGGGCCUUUAAAAUGUUGCUUUCCAGGGCCCGAAAAAUGGUUUGGUCCAGUCAUGCACUGCCGAAGUAAAAGUCAUGAUGCUAUAUUUCUCUAACUCGAGUUGUGUUCUAAUUAUGAAUUUGCUAUCGCAAAAGAGGUCCCCGGAUACAAUACGAUACAAUACAACCCCUACACUACCACACAACACACCCCAUGCAAAAACAGCAUCCCUGUAUGGUCACAGUGCAGGAUUCCGAUAUAAAUAUAUAAAUAAAUAUAUAUAUAUAAUUAUAUAGCAUUCUUUUUACUCAGAAAACAAACAAAAAACGUUUGGUGUGCUGUAAAUACACUAUAAUUUCCUCUCUCUCUCUUUCUCGCUCCUCUCUCUCUUCAUCUCCUCCUCCUCCUACCCUACAUCUCCUCCUCCUACCCUACAUCUCCUCCUCCCACCCUACAUCUCCUCCUACCCUACAUCUCCUCAUCCUCCUACCCUACAUC